AGCCAGCCCACUGCCUUCUGGACUGAAAGUAUGAUCCAGACCCCAAGUAAGUAUGGAGUCUUUGCUCAAGUCACCCAUGAAACUUGUACUUUUCACAGCAUGGCUCUGGAGUCUAAUGGACACAGGCAGUCUCUCUGAUAUUUGUAAAUCUUGUCACGCAAAUGCGACAUGUAAGCUCCAGAAUGGAUCAAGCAACGUCUGCUUAUGUAACUACGGAUAUACGGGAGAUGGAAGAACAUUUUGCAAUGAUGACAACGAGUGUCAGAAUGUGACUAAUAUCUGCGGGGAAAGGGGCCAGUGCACAAACACAGACGGCAGCUACUACUGUACGUGCGUCUCUGGAUACACAUCGACAGGAGCAGCCCAGUUCCAGCCCAAUGAUGGCACUGGAUGCACUGAUGUUGAUGAAUGUGAGUCAGGACUGGUCUGUGGCCUAAACUCACGCUGCCAUAAUACAAAUGGAUCUUUCUAUUGCUCCUGUCAGCGUGAUUACAUCUCAACUUCAGGCGAUAAGCACUUCAAUCCAGGGAGAGGUGUAAGAUGUAAAGAACAUCCCCAAAUAUAUUGCCAUGACAACAUCGGAUGCAUGACGCAGGCUGUCAACAGAACUCUCGAAAAUAUGAGCAACCUUACGGAGCCACAAAGCCUGCUGAGAGAAAUUGCCAACAGGACGUCUGGUGAACUUACCUCAGUGGAAGUGAUCGCAUAUGUUGAGGCCUUGAGUCGAUCCACAUCAACACUGGCUGCUGUGGAGAAGGAUUACAUUGUCAAACCAUCUGUCGUCAUCUCCACUCUUUCAAAAUUAGUCAAAGCGGUGAACAAUCUGGUGGAGAAGGAUGAACUGGUGGCUUGGAACAGAAUGAGAGAUGAGCAACGUGAACACACCAUCACCAAGCUGCUACAAGCGGUUGAAGAAAGUGCUCUGUCACUGGGCAACAACCACAAAAAGCCAAUUGAGCAUCAAAUCAAAGCAUCUCAAAUGGAACUGAAACUCUUCACCUUUGAUGUUUCUCAAACAAAGGACAAACUUUCUGUUUCAAUGAGAGGAGAUCACAUAGACCUGACCCCAAAACUGAAAGCAGUGGAUAAAAGAAGUGGAAGUGUGUCAGUGGUGUUUGUGCGAUAUGACAGCAUCAGUGACAUCCUGAAGCCGAGCAGCGACCCAGGUGUCACAGACUACUCGCGCUAUGCAGGAACUGGGGAAAUCACUGUCAACUCUCAAGUCAUAGCAGCAGCCAUCAAACCUGCUGACAUUUACCAACUUGACCAUGUCACCUUCACUCUGAGGCACAAUGAGCCCAUUGACACUAAAGCUGAUGUGACGAGGUGUGCCUUCUGGGAGUAUGAGGUGGACAGCCUGCAGGGUCGCUGGUCCACUAAAGGCUGCAAGACACUUCACGUCAGCAGCAACGCGACCAACUGCUCCUGCAAUCACCUCACACACUUUGCAAUCCUCAUGUCAUCAGGAAGAGCUAAUCUGGUGGCUCACAAUACCAUCCUGACCCGGAUCACCCAGCUGGGGAUGAUCAUCUCCCUUAUCUGUUUGUCCAUGUCUAUCUUUACCUUCUGGUUCUUCUGUGAGAUCCAGAGCACCAGGACCACCAUCCACAAGAACCUGUGCUGCAGCCUGUUUAUGGCCGAGUUCAUUUUCCUCGUGGGGAUCAACAUGAACUCGCACAAGCUGUUCUGCUCUGUGAUUGCAGGCUUGCUGCACUAUUUCUUUCUUGCAGCCUUUGCCUGGAUGUGCAUCGAGGGCAUUCAUCUGUAUUUAAUAGUAGUUGGUGUCAUCUACAACAAAGGCUUUCUGCAUCGGAACUUUUACAUCUUCGCCUAUGGGAGCCCUGCAGUCGUGGUGGCCAUCUCAGCAACACUCGGCUCAAAGUAUUACGGCACAGAUAAAGUGUGUUGGCUCAGCACAGAAAAUCACUUUGUGUGGAGCUUCAUUGGUCCUGCAUGUCUGAUUAUUCUGGUUAAUCUCCUGGCCUUUGGAGUAAUUAUCUACAAGGUGUACCGGCACACCGCUGUGAAAAAGCCUGAAAUCAGCCACUAUGAAAACAUCAGGUCCUGUGCACGUGGUGCUAUGGCUUUGCUGUUUGUCCUCGGCGCCACCUGGACUUUUGGAGUGUUGCAUAUUCUCCAUGAAACCACUCUCACAGCUUAUCUGUUUACCAUAACCAACGCCUUCCAAGGAAUGUUUAUCUUCAUCUUCCUUUGUGUGCUGUCCAGAAAGAUUCAGGAGGAGUACUACAGGCUUUUCAAAAAUGUACCCUGCUGUUUUGAAUGCCUAAGAUGAAACCUUUCAGCUAAAGCUCAACCACCUGAAUUUUAACAAUAAUAUUUGACAGUACAGUUUAGUGAUAUCUUUUAAUUCAUGUUUUUAUUUUGUAAAUUUCAGUGGGAGGAAAACUCAGAUGUCAGAUAAAUGUAGCCUUUGCAGAUUUGAAAUAUUCUUGUUUUUGAUGUCAAAGGACUCUAAUGAUAUAUUCAACAUUUUUGUUUUUGAUCACAUCAGAACCUUUAUUCAGUAAAGUCACACAUGUUUGAGCCUUUUACAAAAACAUUUCUUAAUAGAGCAUUGAUUGUUUCUUUUCAGUCAUCAUUAUUAUUUUUGGAAAGCUUAGUUUCACUCUUUGUUGCAUGUCUUCUUUUAAAUUAAUUUGUAAAUUAUGAAAAGGAAUGUGUCAAUGAACACAUUUGCUGCCACACUGUGCAGCUCGCUUCAUUCGUGUGCACUGUUUAUUUUAAAAGAGCAAAAUAAAUAUCAGUCAAUGCUGAUUUCAUGGACCAAGAGCUCCCUCUACUGGACAGGAUGUGAAACUCCGAGUGGAACAGAUUUAUUGCAUUUUCUGUUUACUAUCAUCAACUGUAUGUGUGAGAAUAACAUAAAAUAAAAGUAAUAGAGAAAA